CACUCUCAGCUCACAAAUUCACAAGUCAUAAUAUGUGAAAGUGAAAACAAGAAGAGAUUGAAAGAGUAGUUAUGGAAAACCAGAGCGCCACGGAGGCCGGCAACAGUGCGAGGUUGGCCAUAUAUGAGCUGGCCAACAUGAUUAGCAUUCCGAUGUCGCUAAACGCCGUCGUACGACUCAACGUGGCCGACGCAAUCUGGCAAGGUGGGGCCAACACACCACUCACUGCCUCCCAGAUCCUCUCGCUCGCCCUCCCAUCAUCACACCGCGGUGAUCCGGAGAAUCUUCAGCGCUUACUCCGUAUGCUCACCAGCUACGGUGUGUUCGCGGAGCAUUCGAACACUGACGGUUCGGAGAGGAAAUAUUCCCUCACUGAGAUUGGCCGAACCCUCGUAACCGACUCCGAGGGUCUCUCCUGCGCGCCUUACGUCCUGCAACAUCACCAAGACGCGCUCAUGAGAGCGUGGCCUCUGGUGCACGAGGCAGUGGUGGACCCCACGUCUGAGCCGUUCACGAAGGCGAACGGCGAGCCUGCAUACUCGUACUAUGGAAAGAAGCCUGAAAUGAAUGUACUGAUGCAGAAGGCCAUGUCCGGACUAUCCGUGCCGUUCAUGAAAGCAGUUUUGGACGGCUACGAUGGGUUUAACGGAGUGGAACGAUUGGUAGAUGUUGGUGGGAGUGCAGGGGAUUGCCUGCGAAUGAUCUUGCAGAAACACCCAACUGUGCGUGAAGGGAUCAACUUCGAUUUGCCAGAAGUCAUAGCCAAAGCACCAAAAGUUCCAGGUGUGAGUCAUGUUGGUGGUGAUAUGUUCAAGUCGAUUCCUUCAGGGGAUGCCAUUUUCAUGAAGUGGAUCUUGACUACAUGGACAGAUGAUGAAUGCAAGCUGAUCAUGAAAAAUUGUUACAAUGCACUACCUGUUGGGGGGAAGCUGAUCGCUUGUGAGCCAGUGCUGCCGGUUCAAACUGACAACAGUCCGAGGACCCGCGCUCUGCUCGAAGGAGACAUCUUUGUCAUGACAAUUUACAGGGCUAAAGGUAAGCAUAGGACUGAAGAAGAAUUCACACAGAUUGGUCUCUCUGCUGGUUUCCGCAGUUUCAAAUCAUUCUCUGUUGAUUACUUCUACACUGUGUUGGAGUUUCAAAAAUGAAUCAUUAUAUCAUGAUCAAGGAGAGAAACUUUAAUAAAAUGUUAUUGGGCUAGAGGAAAAACUCUGAUCAAUUAAUCUUCCAUAUUAAGUUAUUCUAUAAGCAUCUGAAUGAUUUAUUUAUAAUACUACUGUUAACCUCUCUAA